AUGGACCCCGGUCCCCGAUCUCGUACACAGGUUCUCGCUGCCUUAGAGCCGCCGAUACAGGCGUUGGAUCGGGAAGCAGUAAUCACACACACCGAUGCUUUGUACCGACUUCAUUCGGAGCCGUAUGCCAUUCAAAAGCAGCUCAACCCAGCGGUCGUACUGGUACCGGACACGGUGGAGCAACUCACCGCCAUUGUGAAGUUCCUGUACGGGUCCAACUUGGAUUUUGUCAUCCGCGGUCAUGGCUUCAAACCCCCCCCCCCCCCCGCCAGGCAUGUGGUCGUCAGCAUGCUGAAGUUCAAGGACCUGGACUAUGACCCGGUGAAGAAGAUCGCCACAAUCGGCGCGAGUGCCACUUGGUUCGAAGUAGUGUCGUUCAUGGAACAAGUCGACCCGGAGUAUUCGGGUGGGCAGCCCAUUCUUGCAACGUUUCAUGGACAAGAUAAAUGGCACGGCAAGUUCCUGACGCCCGCACCCCAAGCAUCGUAG